UUAGCAAAGCGAGCACCAUAACGGUCGUUUGAGUUAGUUUAAUUAUAAAAAAGUUAUCAUGAAAGUGUUAGUUGCAAUAGUUUUCUUCAUUUUGUAUGUAAAACCAUCAUUUUGUGGUAUAAGUUGUAGUAAUUUUGCAACAUGUGGAGAAUGUAUAGCCUAUGGCGGUGAUAAGUGCGUCUGGUGUUCUGAACCAAAUAUAACCACUAGCAGAUGCCAGUCAGAGGCUUUGUCUAAGAAAUCAUGGUGCAAGAAAGAAUUCUUGUACAACCCAGUGAUGUAUACAGAAAAAAAUAUCACAAGUGAAAAAUUUCGUUUAGGAAACGAAAAAUUAAAAAGUAUUCAGUUGAGACCUCAAAAAUUACAUUUGAAAAUUCGCCCUGGAGCCACCUACAACUUUGUUAUGGAUUACAAGCCUGCCAAACAUUUUCCACUAGAUGUAUAUUAUUUGAUGGACUCUUCCUAUACUAUGAGAGACACGGUGAAAUCAUUAAAAACAAAAGCCAAGUCUGUGUUCGAAUUGCUUACUAAAUUCACCAACAACGUAAAAUUUGGUCUUGGAACUUUUAUUGAAAAACCAGCCCUGCCUUUUGUUGAACCAAAUUUGCAUUACGCUUAUUCCUAUCGACAUCACCUGAAUUUCACUUCAAAUAUGACGGAGUUUGUUGAGGCCAUGAAGGGGAUAAAAACCGGUGGAAACUUCGAUGACCAAGAAGCUGGCCUCGACGCGCUUAUGCAAGUGAUGGCUUGUGAUGAUGAACUGGAAUGGAGGUCUGAUGCGAAAAGGAUUAUAAUCCUGUGCACCGACGCGGCCUACCACAGCGCCGGUGACGGCAAGAUGGUCGGCGCCGAGAUACCUAAUGACAUGAAGUGCCACCUAAACGAAUCCAAGUUCUAUGAUCACAGCCUCAUACAAGACUAUCCAUCAGUCAGUCAAAUCAAUAAGAUGUCUUCCGAUGGGAAUUUUAUAAUCAUCUUUGCAGCAAAUAAAAUAGUUGAAUAUGACUACACAGCUCUGGCAGAGCAAAUAACAGGUGCUAAAUAUGUCGAGCUGACAUCAGACAUUUACGAAAUUAUAAAGACGGCUUAUCUGAAAUCAGUAAGGCACCUCACGAUAAAAUAUCAGUGGCCACCGUACGUACAGUUGAAGUUGGACCCAGAUUGUACUGUUGUUGACGAAAGAUGCAAAAUGGCACACGAAGAAGCUGUUUCUAUGAAAGCUGAAAUAAAAGUGACUUCUUGUCCAGAAAACACUACCGUAGAUCUGGAAGUAGGUCCCACAGUCGGCGGGCUGGCAGACAAAUUGAUGAUCAAACUCGAAAUCGACUGUCAAUGUGAAUGCGAAAGAGAUGAGAAAGCUGUCCAAAAUUCAUCUAUGUGUAGCAAUGCUGGCAGUUAUCAGUGCGGUAUCUGCAACUGCAAUAGCGACCGAGGUGGUAAUAUUUGUCAAUGUGACAAAUCUGCAACGAGUACAACAGACUUGGAAAUAGACAAGUGUAAACAUGAAAAUGGUACAAGGUUCUGUAGUGGGAGGGGGUCAUGCGAAUGCGGGAAAUGUAAGUGCAGCGUUGGCUUCUCCGGCGACUUCUGCGAGUUUGACGACAACUCCUGCAAGAGACACGACGGCAAGCUAUGCUCGGACAACGGCCGGUGCACCCACGGCGCCUGCGAAUGCGACGAGGACUGGGGAGGCGAGGACUGUAGCUGCUUCAACCGUAACUCUAACUGCUUCGCGCCGUACUCUAAGGAGGUUUGCUCGAACAACGGUCAAUGCGUGUGCGAUGAAUGUGUGUGCCACAAGAUAGCGGGGAAAAACGAAACGUAUUCAGGCGCGUUCUGUGAAGAUUGUGAAGACUGCGCCGAGAAGCGAUGCAAAGAACUCGAGGAUUACGCCUACUGCAACUACCUAAAUAACCAAAUGUACUGCGACGAUAAAUACAAUCAGACAUCCAACACUGACGUCCAAAUCUUGAAUAAAACUGAAAUAAGCGCAUCAAAAUGGCCGACGGCCAAAUGGUGCCGGAAAGUAUUGGAAAACGGUACAGCACUAGUAUUUCUUCACAGCUACAACAAAAACAGCAAGAAACUGCAUAUAAUAAUACAAAAGGAAUUGGAAGCGCCACCGAAAGCGAAUAUUUGGGUUCCCGUGGGCAUUGCAAUUGGCACCGUUAUCCUCAUCGGCUUACUGACUGUCCUGGUUUGGAAGGUGCUAGUGGACAUAAUGGAUGAACGGGAAUACGAGAGGUUCGAGGCGGAAGCCAAGGCACAGGGCUUCGAUGUCCAUGAAGAGAAUCCUAUUUUUGAACCAGCGUCCAUAAACUUCGCCAAUCCGACCUACACUCGCGGCAUCGCUACGAAAUAAGUGGGUAAAAAUGACAGUUUCACCAGAUGUCAUGAAGAAA